GUAAGUCAGCUGACGUAUGUAUACAUUGACAGCCAAGCCAUCAUGGCUGACAGCAUCUCGCUGAACCCAGUGCGGAAGAACUCCAAAAGAAUCGCGUAUUAUAAUACUGGAAGACAUUCAAGGUACUCCUUAGAAGAUGAGCUGACCAGCUUGGACGAGAUGCCCUUGAUGAUGUCGGAGGAAGGCUUUGAGAAGGAGGAGAGCGACUACCAGACGCUGCCCCGGGCCAGGGUGGAGCAGGCCCGGGGUGGCCUGGGGUGGUUCCUACUGGGAGGCUGGAAGAUGCUCUGUGGAAGGUGCUGGGACUGCCUGACACACAUCUGUCGGAGGAGGAAAGAGGCGAAGGCCAGGACGGUGUGGCUCGGCUGUCCGGAGAAGUGCGAGGAGAAAUACCCCAGGAACGCCAUCAAGAACCAGAAGUACAACUUCCUCACAUUCGUGCCUGGGGUUCUUUAUCAACAGUUCAAGUUCUUCCUGAAUCUGUACUUCCUGGUGGUCGCCUGCUCGCAGUUUGUCCCCUCGCUGAAGAUCGGCUACCUGUACACCUACUGGGGCCCCCUGGGCUUUGUGAUGGCCGUUACCAUGGUGAGGGAGGCUGUGGACGAGGUGCGUCGGUACCAGCGAGACAAGGAGAUGAACUCCCAGCUCUACAGCAAGCUCACUGUCCGAGGCAAAGUGCAAGUGAAGAGUUCUGACAUACAAGUAGGAGACCUCAUCAUUGUUGAGAAGAAUCAGAGGAUGCCUGCAGAUAUGAUCUUCCUUCGAACGUCGGAGAAGAACGGUUCAUGCUUCCUCAGGACAGAUCAGCUGGACGGAGAGACAGACUGGAAGCUGAAGGUGGCUGUCUUGUGUACGCAACGACUUCCUGCUCUGGAGGACCUCUUCUCCAUCAACGCUUAUGUCUACGCCCAGAAACCUCAGCUAGACAUCCACAGCUUCGACGGAAACUUCACCAGAGAAGACAGUGAUCCUCCCCUCCAUGAGAGCCUGAGUAUAGACAACACACUCUGGGCCAGCACCGUCGUGGCAUCAGGUACAGUGAUAGGGGUGGUGAUCUACACAGGGAAGGAGACCAGAAGUGUCUUGAACACAUCCCACGCCAAGAAUAAGGUGGGCCUGCUGGACCUGGAGCUGAACCGUCUCACCAAGGCCCUGUUCCUGGCCCAGGUGCUGCUGUCUGUGGUGAUGAUCGCCCUGCAGGGCUUCGUGGGGCCCUGGUUCAGGAACCUGUUCAGGUUCAUCGUGCUGUUCUCCUACAUCAUUCCCAUCAGUUUGCGAGUGAACCUGGAUAUGGGCAAGUCUGCGUACGGCUGGAUGAUCAUGAAGGACGAGCACAUCCCUGGGACUGUGGUGAGGACGAGCACCAUCCCUGAGGAGCUAGGACGCCUGGUCUACCUGCUCACCGACAAGACAGGCACUCUGACCCAGAACGAGAUGGUGUUCAAGCGUCUGCACCUGGGGACGGUGUCGUACGGGACAGACACCAUGGACGAGAUCCAGACUCACCUGGUCCGGUCAUACGCACAGCAGGCAGCCCCCUCCCAGGCCCCUGGGCAGCCUAGCAGCGCUGCCCCCAGCACGGGCACAGCCUCAGCCUCCACCCCCUCCCGGAAGCCCGUGCCGGCGGGGCCCAAGGUGCGUAAGAGCGUGAACAGUCGCAUCCACGAGGCGGUGAAGGCUGUGGCGCUCUGCCACAACGUCACUCCCGUGUACGAUCACAGCGCCGACGUCGCCACGGAGACGGAGACUGCAGAGGCCGACCAGGACUUCAGCGACGACAACCGCACUUACCAGGCCUCUAGUCCAGACGAGGUGGCGCUGGUGCGCUGGACUGAGAGUGUGGGGCUGACCCUGGUGACCAGAGACCUGUCCUCCAUGCAGCUGAGGAGUCCAGCCGGACAGACCCUCUCCUUCCUCAUCCUGCAGGUGUUCCCCUUCACCUCAGAGAGCAAGAGGAUGGGCAUCAUCCUCCGGGAGGAGUCCACUGGUGACAUCACCUUUUACAUGAAGGGAGCUGACGUUGCCAUGACGAGCAUUGUGCAGUAUAACGACUGGCUGGAGGAGGAGUGUGGGAACAUGGCCAGGGAAGGGCUCAGGACCCUGGUGGUGGCCAAGAAGGGCCUGUCUGAGGAGCAGUACCAGGACUUUGAAAGCCGGUACAGUCAGGCCAGGCUGAGCCUCCAUGACCGUGCUCUGAAGGUGGUUGCGGUGGUGGAGAGUCUGGAGAGGGAGAUGGAGCUGCUGUGUGUGACGGGAGUGGAGGACCAGCUGCAGGCGGACGUCAGGCCCACCCUGGAGCUGCUGAGGAACGCUGGCAUCAAGAUCUGGAUGCUCACUGGGGACAAGCUGGAAACAGCCACCUGCAUCGCCAAGAGCUCCCAUCUAGUGUCCCGGAGCCAGGACGUUCACAUCUUUAAACCGGUCUCCAACCGAGGGGAGGCCCACCUGGAGCUGAACUCCUUCAGGAGGAAACACGACUGUGCUCUGGUCAUCUCUGGAGACUCCCUGGAGGUGUGUCUGCGCUACUAUGAGCAUGAGUUUGUGGAGCUGGCAUGUCAGUGUCCUGCAGUGGUCUGCUGUCGCUGCUCCCCCACACAGAAAGCCCACAUCGUCAAGCUGCUCCAGCAGCACACUGACAACAGGACCUGCGCUAUAGGUGAUGGAGGAAAUGAUGUCAGUAUGAUCCAGGCUGCAGACUGUGGGAUUGGUAUUGAGGGGAAGGAGGGGAAGCAGGCCUCUCUGGCAGCAGACUUCUCUAUAACCCAGUUCAAGCACAUCGGCCGCCUGCUCAUGGUGCACGGCAGGAACAGCUACAAGCGCUCGGCCUCCCUGGGCCAGUUCGUCAUGCACCGGGGCAUGAUCAUCUCCACCAUGCAGGCUGUCUUCUCCUCUAUCUUCUACUUUGCGUCCGUUCCUUUGUACCAGGGCUUUCUCAUGGUUGGCUAUGCCACCAUCUACACCAUGUUUCCAGUGUUCUCCCUGGUCCUGGACCAGGACGUGAAGCCAGAGAUGGCUCUCCUCUACCCAGAGCUCUACAAAGACCUCACCAAGGGCCGGUCCUUGUCCUUCAAGACGUUCCUCAUCUGGGUGUUGAUCAGUGUUUAUCAAGGUGGCAUCCUGAUGUAUGGCGCCCUGGUGCUGUUUGAGUCUGAGUUUGUUCACGUGGUGGCGAUCUCCUUCACAGCGCUGGUGCUGACGGAGCUGCUGAUGGUGGCGCUGACCAUCCGGACCUGGCACUGGGUGAUGGUGCUGGCGGAGCUGUUCAGCCUGCUCUGCUACGCCGCCUCCCUCGCCUUCCUCAACGAGUACUUCGACCUGGCCUUCAUCAUAACGCCAGCCUUCCUGUGGAAGGUGUCAGCCAUAACUGGGGUCAGCUGCCUCCCUCUCUACAUCAUCAAAUACCUGAAGAGGAAGUUCUCACCUCCAAGCUACUCCAAGCUGUCUUCAUGAGCUGUGGGCUCCAAUCUGCUCUCUGUAUUUAUCUUCGCGACUCUGCUGCCCUACUCUUCAGCGUGUUUAUUUUGCUGGUGCAUGAUGGGAACCCGAAUACCGAGGACCACUGGAAGAUAAGAAAAAUCACUGAAUUGUUGAUGUAACUGGAGGAUGGGAGUACUUGACAAGAGUGAUUUCCAAAACACAGACUCAACACAGAUGUUGUGACGAAGAAGAGGCCUGAUCGACCAUCUCGUCCCUCUUUAAGACUUCUUCUCUCCUUCGGCUUCGAGUGUCGUUUUUUAUACCGUCAUUUGGUUUUGCUGUGAACUUUUUCUAUGUGGACUCUUUACGCAAUUUUCAAUACUGCCUAGUGUUUCAUAACACUGUGAAACACAUUUCUUUGAUACAUGUAGCUUUUACUACUGAACAACAUGCUGCUCUUUACUGUACUUGCUAUGAGGGGAAAAAAGCACAUUUACCACAAUACGCAAAAUGACUCAAUGAUUUGGUUGGGAACAACACCACUGCUACAGGCUGUCUAGAAGCAGAGUGGCAUAUCAUCACACCCUCAGACAUCCCUCAUGGUGGGAAACCAGCACUCCAUCCUCGUGUUAUUAGCUGUGAUGUGUGUAUGCUGGCUGGAGACAGUGGAGAGACCCAGCUGUCCGAAUGGUUGCUGUGUACUGGCAGGUGAAAUCGUACCUUAUUAUGAGGAUUUAAAACAGUCUCUUGAGGCUGAUCUAAUGUUAGUUAAAAUAUUUUGGGUUUAUUUUUAGUGUGACCUCCUGUUACAGCAGAUUGAUCAUGAGAAUGACCCUGCUGUAGUUAACGAUUCACCAGAUGAUGUUUACAGAUUAAUGUUCUACCAUUAGGUUCUUUGUCUCAAAGAAAUACUUGCAAUUAGGAUUUGUGAUUCCUGAAAAUCAGUUGUGAUUUUAUUUAGCUGCUCAGAUUAUGGCCAAUAUAACAGUAUCUUAACUAAGACCUAUUCAGUAAAAUUCAGGACUUUAGAUAAAGGUGAUUUGUGAUUUUGGUGAACUGACACUGAAAUCAGGUGUUAUCAUUCCCUUGAUGAGUGUUUCUUCAGUUGGAUACCGAGGCUAUAAAUGGUCUUGCAGAACAAAAUAAAAUAUAUGUUUCAA